AGCACCAACAUAUAAUUAUCCAUGCAAACCCACAACAACGUUAUCAUGCACAACAACAAAAAGUCUAAUAUUACUUCCAUUAUCAACAACAAUAAUAAUACCAAGAACAUCACACGUACAACGAGUGUCCCCCUUUCCCAUCCCCGCAGCCACGGCUCCACCACCCAAGCCUGCGCCGCCUGCAAGUACCAACGUCGUAAGUGCGCCUCCGACUGCGUCCUCGCCCCAUAUUUCCCACACGACCGCCAACGGCAGUUCUUGAACGCCCACCGUCUAUUCGGCGUUAGCAACAUUGUGAAAAUAGUCCGCCACCUCGACCCGCCGGCCAAAGACCACGCCAUGCGCACCAUUAUCUUCCAAUCAGAUGCACGGGCCGCCGACCCGGUCGGCGGGUGCCACCGUAUUAUACGUGACCUCGAGCAACGGAUAAGUCUCGCAAAGGCCGAGCUUGAGAUAGUGCUCCACCACCUUGCCCUUUGUCGGGCAGCUGCCACCCAGCAGCAGGUGGUGCCGGCACCGGAUUGUGGAGGCUCUUAUGAUGAGAAGUGGAGGGUGCCGUAUGUGGCGGAGGAUGAGGCGGUGACGGUGGAUGAUGUGAACUCUUGGGGAUGCAUGCCCGGGAAUGUGCAUACAAAUGCAGAGUCCACAUCCUCUUCAUUUCCUCAUCAUAAUGACAAUAGUAAUCAUCAUCACAUGAGAAAACUGUCUGUGGAGGAAUGCAAUAAUGAUGUGUUGCCCAUUCUUGAUCAUUUGACUUGUGAUGAUGAUGUAAGAGAGGAAGAUUUCAAGUUUGAUCACCAUGGCAACAUUGUACCAAGCAGCAACGGCAUCUUGACGGAGGAGAAAGGGACGUUCAAGGAAGACGACGAUUGUUUCUCCUACGUUCAAGAUCACCACGACUUGAAGGCGGCUGCAACGUUCUUCAGUCUCACAAACUGUGAUAUAUGAAGUAUGUCCGAUAACCAAUUUUGUAGAGAAAUUAGUUCUUAACAUGUAUAUUGCUUUUUGUAUGACCAAGAAUCUGAGAGUUGAGAAGUUGCAUAGGAAUACAUUUAAAGAAUAUUGCAGUUUUCUGCUGAAAAA